AGAAAAAGCACGUAACUGCCAGUGAUUAUGCUAAAAAGAGAAUUCUUCCAGCAUCACGAAAGUGUGUACUUUUAAAACAUUUCAAAACACUUUAUACAUACUGACAAACUCUGAACUUUGCUUAUUCUUCAUGCUCUCUGUACAUACAAAACUAUUUGGCCCAUUAUACAAAUUUUCCAAAGGUCACGGUGCCAAAUUUGUUUUAGGUUCUCCAGUCAAGGUCGAAAACAUGAACUCUUUCGAUAAUCCUGGGGAAGGUGAUCAAAACAAUCCUCGACAGGCUGAAAUCGAGCAGAAAAAACUCGAUAUUGCAUGUUACAAACAUAGCUUGGAGCUAAACCGUAUUGCCCUUAGCAAGACCAUUUGGGAUAUACGUAAUUAUUGUUUCACUAACGCUCAAAAUGACCCCUUGCUCUGUCCCCCAAGAGACAAUCCAUAUAAAUCCCAACGAUCAUGUACAGUUAUUUAGGUUUUCUACAGUUGCUUUCUUUUUAUAUAUAUAUUUGCUUCCUUGAUUAUAACCUACUUAAAAUGCUUUUAAUUAUUUCACGCUAUGGAAAUAGUGAUUUCACUAACUUAUUUGCAAACAUCUGAUUGGUACUGAUAUUGUUGUUGAAGCCAGUGUCUAUGGAAAAAUGUCAAAAUAUAACUAUAUUGCAUAAGUUUUGUUUCUCAACCCACAUGUUGUGUGAUCUAUCAGUCAGUCAGCUACAACGUAGGACCAGGCACAUAUAUGCAUCGGUCCAAGUUGCCAUACCUCAUUAACACAACAAGAUGGACACCGGAUUCAUAAAAGUAGUCAAUUCAGAGGUGGUAAUAUAUAAAAGAAAGAUUGCAAUAAGAAUAUAGUACAGGAAGAAAGAAUUAGUCCGUAGAAAGAAAGAUAUGAAGCGAUUUUAAUCUCUUAGUUUAAGAGAAGAUAGGGAGUGUAUACACCUACGAUAUUGUGAUCGAUUCUGAGCCAUGUCACCUAGAGUCUCCAACCAUUGGUUACGACAGUCAUGCAGACCCCAACCAAGUAGUCUGCAUCUACAAACAUGGCUCAGACUAGAAGUUGGUGACUUCAAGCACUGAUGCCACGUUUUGGUUUGGCCGCCCCUAACUUUCUUCCAACCAUCCCGAACACCGGUUAGCAUUGCACGUCGUGGUAACCGGUGUUCGGGUAUACGUAACACGUGGCCCGACCAUCUCAGUCGAUGAAGAUUCACAACCUCAUCGACUGAUUUACCAUCAUAUCCUAAUACCCUGUGUCUAACCUCAC